CUGCAAGAUCGGCUCGCGUUAGCUCGAACAGCGCGCCACUUCACUUCCUUUUCUGUUUACAUCCACUCUAGGUGCGAGCACAGACGUUCUCGACAGACAGUUCUCUAAAGACAUCAAAGCUCCGUGUGGCAGUCAGCGCUGUGUAAGAAUUUGCAUGGAGUUUUUUCGACUGCACACUUCCGGCAUCGCUUGCCAUUGGUCCAGGUGCUCGCUACACAACCUGUGGCAGGACCUGCUGUCUGUGUUUCGCCCGGAGUAAGAGCUCUCUUCACGCCGUGUCCCAUCUACGACUCUAGAGCUGCUGCUGUUCUGUUUUGCCCCCCCUUCAAGAAAGCGUGUAUUUUUGAACACCCAAGACAAAAGCGAAAGUUAUUUUCCUGUCUGCUUGAGCUGCAUGAAGACGCACCAACACGCCCAGCGCGCAGAGGUUUGUUCAGGGGCUCGAGCGCACAGCUGCCAGGAAGGACUCUGGAGCCUCAGAAGUUGCUAUGUGGAAGCGGCUGCUAUCACAACAACCCAACUUACAUGAACUGAGCUGAAGGGGAAAACUUUUCUUUAUUUAAAAAAAAAACUUAGCUCUUUGCUCUGCGUGUCUUCGAAGCACAAGGAUCCGAAGAUGUCAGAAAUGUCCAGCUUUCUGCACAUUGGGGACAUAGUGUCCCUGUACGCAGAGGGGUCUGUCAACGGCUUCAUCAGCACACUGGGGCUUGUGGAUGACCGAUGUGUGGUGGAGCCUGUUGCUGGGGACCUGGACAACCCUCCGAAGAAAUUCCGGGAUUGCCUCUUCAAGGUGUAUCCAAUGAACCGCUACUCUGCUCAGAAACAGUUCUGGAAAGCCAAGCAGGCCAAGCAUGAGAAAGACAAGAUCGCAGAUGUCGUGCUCCUGCAGAAACUACAGCAUGCGGCCAACCUGGAGCAGAAGCAGAACGAGACGGAGAACAGGAAGGUCCUCGGAGAGGUGGUGAAAUACGGGAGUGUCAUUCAGCUCCUGCACAUGAAGAGCAACAAGUACCUGACGGUGAACAAGAGGCUGCCGGCGCUGCUGGAGAAGAACGCCAUGAGGGUGACGCUGGACAGCACGGGCAACGAGGGCUCCUGGCUCUUCAUCCAGCCCUUCUGGAAGCUGCGCGCCAACGGGGACAACGUGGUGGUUGGAGACAAGGUGAUCUUAAACCCAGCGAAUGCAGGACAGCCACUCCACGCCAGCAACUAUGAGCUUUCUGACCAUCCUGGCUCUAAAGAGGUGAACUCCGUGAACUGCAACACCAGCUGGAAGAUCAACCUGUUCAUGAUGUUCAGUGACCACAAGGACGAGGUGCUGAAAGGGGGGGACGUGGUGCGUCUGUUCCACGCAGAGCAGGAGAAGUUCCUGACAUGUGACGAGUACAAGGGCAAGCUGCAUGUAUUUCUGCGCACCACACUGCGCCAGUCCGCCACCUCCGCCACCAGCUCCAACGCCCUCUGGGAGGUUGAGGUGGUUCAUCACGACCCAUGCCGUGGCGGGGCAGGCCACUGGAACAGCCUGUACCGGUUCAAGCAUCUGGCCACGGGGAACUACCUGGCGGCUGAGGAAAACCCAUCUUACAAGGGAGACAAUGGGGAGACCAGAUCAGUGUCAGACACAGGUCGCAGCAGCAAGAGGAACAUGGGCGAGAAGGUGAAGUAUAAGCUGGUUGCUGUGCCUCAUGGGAACGACAUCGCCUCUCUGUUUGAGCUGGAUCCCACCACCCUGCAGAAAACCGACUCCUUCGUGCCCAGGAACUCCUAUGUCCGACUGCGUCACCUCUGCACCAACACCUGGAUUCAGAGCACCAAUGUGCCCAUUGACAUUGAUGAGGAGCGUCCCAUUAGGCUCAUGCUGGGAACGUGUCCCACUAAGGAGGAUAAAGAGGCGUUCGCCAUUGUGUCUGUGCCCGUGUCUGAGAUCCGGGACCUGGACUUCGCCAACGAUGCCAGCUUCAUGUUGGCCACUGUAGUGGACAAACUGAAUGAGGGCUUCAUCAGCCAGAAUGACAGGAGCACCUAUGCCAGAUUUGCCAUCAAGCUUUUGGAGGACCUGGUAUUCUUUGUGGUGGACACACCUAACACUGGCCAGUCCGUGCUGGAUGUGGUGAUAACCAAAGCCAACCGGGAGAGACAGAAACUCAUGAGGGAGCAGAACAUCCUUAAACAGAUAUUCGGGAUUCUGAAGGCUCCCUUUAAGGAUAAAGGUGCAGAAGGACCCCUCCUGCGCCUUGAGGAGCUGGCAGACCAGAAGAAUGCACCCUACCAAUACAUGUUCCGGCUGUGUUACCGUGUCCUGCGCCACUCCCAGGAGGAAUACCGCAAAAACCAGGAGCACAUUGCCAAGCAGUUUGGCGUGAUGCAGUCCCAGAUUGGCUAUGACAUUCUGGCUGAGGACACCAUCACCGCACUGCUGCACAACAACCGCAAGCUGCUGGAGAAGCACAUCACCAAGACUGAGGUGGAGACCUUCGUCAGUCUGGUGCGCAAGAACCGGGAGCCAAGGUUCCUGGACUACUUGUCAGACCUGUGUGUAUCCAAUCAUGUGGCCAUCCCUGUCACUCAGGAGCUGAUCUGCAAGUGUGUGUUGGACCCCAAGAACCAGGACAUCCUCAUCAAGACAGAGCGCCGCGUGCCCAAGGAGAUGCCUCAGACCACAGAGUACAGUAUAUCCCUGGAGGAGUAUGGUGAUGAGGACGAGGUAUGGCUGGUGUGGACAGAUAAGAACAACGAGAAGCAAGAGAAGAGCAUCCGGCAACUUGCGCAGGAGGCCCGGCAGGGGAAUGCACAUGAUGAGAAUGUGCUCACUUACUACAGGUACCAGCUCAAGCUGUUUGCGCGGAUGUGCCUGGACCGGCAGUACCUGGCUAUCGAUGAGAUCUCCAAGCAGCUGGAUGUAGAGCUGAUCUUCCUGUGCAUGAUGGAUGAGGCACUGCCCUACGAUCUGCGUGCCUCCUUCUGUCGCCUUAUGCUGCACACCCAUGUGGACCGCGACCCCCAGGAGCUGGUCACACCCGUCAAGUUUGCACGCCUGUGGACUGAAAUCCCCACUUCCAUCACCAUCAAAGACUAUGAUUCCAACAUGGAUGACUCUCGGGACAACAAGAAGAACAAGUUCGCCAACACCAUGGCUUUUAUGGAGGAGUACCUGAACAAUGUGCUGAAUGAUGACCUGCCUUUUUCCAACGAUGAGAAGAACAAGCUCACCUAUGAGGUUGUGAGCCUAGCCCGGCACCUCAUCUACUUUGGCUUCUACAGCUUCUUUGAGCUGCUGCGACUGACACGCACCCUGCUGGGCAUUAUCGACUGCAUCCCCAAUCCUGCCCUCAUGCACAACAUGUUCCAGGAUGAUGUUGCUGGGAAGAACCUGAAGCGCUCUAUCCAUGGAGUGGGUCACAUGAUGACCACUAUGGUCCUGAGCAGGAAGCAGUCCAUCUUCGGCGGUCCAGGACGUUCCAGCGUCAGUGUUGACCCUCAGGCCCGCAGCAAGGACAGCAUCGACAAGCAGGAUGUGACUGUCAUGGACACCAAGCUGAAGAUUCUGGAGAUCAUGCAGUUCAUUCUCAAUGUGCGUCUGGACUAUCGUAUCUCCUUCCUGCUCUCCGUCUUCAAGAAGGAGUUUGUGGAGGUGUACCCCAUGGAAGAUGCAGACGCCACUGCUGCCAUCGAGCAUGCAGCUACCAUUAACCUGCAGCGCAUUGGAGAGCAAGCAGAAGCCAUGUUCGGAGUUGGGAAGAAUAACAGCAUCCUGGAAGUGGAUGAUGAGGGGGGUCGCAUGUUCCUGCGGGUUUUGAUCCACCUCACCAUGCAUGACUACCCCCCACUCAUAUCGGGCGCAUUGCAGCUGCUCUUCAAACACUUUAGCCAGAGACAGGAGGUCUUGCACACCUUCAAACAGGUCCAGCUGCUGAUCUCGGCGCAGGACGUCGACAACUACAAGCUUAUCAAGAGCGACUUGGACCGGCUGCGCACCAUGGUGGAGAAGUCAGAGCUGUGGGUGGACAAGAAAAGCAGCAGCGCAGGGGGAGGGGAGGGGAAGAUGGACAAGAAGGAGAAAGAGGCUGUUCCUGAAGCCCCCGAGCCAAAGAAGGAGAAGUCGGAGAAGAGCAACGAGAACUAUCAGAUCGUCAAGGAGAUCCUGGAGCGGCUCAAUAAGAUGUGCAGCUCAGGGGUGUGGAAGAAGCAGCAGCGUCUCUUGAAGAACAUGGGCGCCCACAAGGUGAUGCUGGAUCUGCUGCAGGUCUCCUAUGACAAGAGCGAUAUGAAAAUGCAAGAAAUCAUAAAGUACACUCACCAGUUCCUCCAGAAGUUCUGCAUGGGCAAUCCUGAGAACCAGGCCCUGCUUCACAAAAACCUCAGCCUCUUCCUCAACCCAGGGCUCCUGGAAGCAGAGACAGUGCAGUACAUCUUCGCUAACAACUACCAGCUGUGCUCCGAGAUCAGUGAGACGGUCCUGCAGCACUUCAUCCACUGCCUGGCCACGCAUGGCCGCCAUGUGCAGUAUCUCAACUUCUUGCACACCAUCAUCAAGGCCGAGGGAAAAUACGUCAAGAAGUGCCAGGACAUGAUCAUGACCGAGCUGACAAACGCAGGGGAAGACGUGGUUGUGUUCUACAACGACAAGACGUCCUUUGCCAUAAUGCUGGAGCUGAUGGCGGAGUCGCGGGAGGGCGUCCAGGAGAACAGCCCGCUGCGCUACCACAUCUCUCUGGUGGAGCUGCUGGCCGCCUGCGCCGAGGGCAAGAAUGUCUACACUGAGAUCAAGUGCACUUCGCUGCUGCCCCUGGAGGACGUGGUGCGCGUCGUCACCCAUGAGGACUGCAUCACUGAGGUGAAGAUUGCCUACGUCAACUUUGUGAACCACUGCUAUGUGGACACGGAGGUGGAGAUGAAGGAGAUCUACACUAGCAAUCACAUCUGGAAGAUGUUUGAGAACUUCACUGUGGACAUGGCCAGGGUGUGUAAUAAGAGAGAGAAGCGGUUCCAAGACCCCACUCUGGAGCGCUAUGUUAUCACAGUUGUCCUAGACACCAUCAAUGCUUUCUUCAGCUCACCCUUCUCUGAGAACAGCACUGCGCUGCAAACCCAUCAGACCAUUGUGAUCCAGCUCCUGCAGUCCACAGUGCGGCUCCUGGAUUGCCCCUGGCUGCAGCAGCAGCACCGCGCACUGGUGGAGGCCUGUAUCCGCACCCUCGCCAUGACCGCAAAAGGGCGCUCCAUUGUAUUGCCAGUGGAACUAGAUACCCAGAUCAGCACCAUGCUGAGCAGCAGUGUGCUGGGCUCUCUCUCUCGCAACAACCCCAACUACAAAAGCCUGACCCGGUCCAACCGGCCUCCCGCCCCCAACAACCCCUGGGACUACAAGAACAUCAUCGAGAAGUUGCAGGACAUUAUCAACACCCUGGAGGAGAGGCUGAAGCCCCUGGUAGAGGCAGAGCUCUCUGUGCUGGUGGAUGUCCUGCACCAUCCAGAGCUGCUGUUUAUAGAGGGCACUGAAGCCCGAUCACGCUGCGAGACUGGUGGCUUCAUUUCCAAGCUGAUCCAACACACCAAAACACUGAUGACCUCGGAGGAGAAGUUGUGCAUCAAGGUGCUGCGCACUCUGCAGGAAAUGCUCAUCAGAAAGUAUGAUUUUGACGAAAAGAGCAUCUCUCUGAGGAAGGUGCUGCUGCAGAACUACCUCUACAACAAGAAGAGUGGUGGAAGGGGAGAACUGCCAGAGCUGACCUUAGGGGGUCUAGAGGUGGACAGGGACUGGGCCACAGUAGCGGCAGUGCAGUGUCGGCUGGACAGGGAGGGUGGGACCAAGCUCGUCACUGACCUCAUCAUGAGCAGCAAGAACGACAAGAUCUUCUUUGAGAGCAUCCAGCUGGCCAUCUCACUGCUGGAGGGGGGCAACACCGAGAUCCAGAAUUCAUUCUACAAGUUGAUGAUGGGGGACAACAAGUCAGAGAAGUUCUUCAAGGUUCUUCAUGACCGCAUGAGGAGCGCGCAGCAAGACAUCAAAGCUACCGUGUCAGUCAAUGUGGGCGAGAUGAGCAAUAAGGCCAGAGACUCCAAAGAGAUGGACAGCAGUGGGCCGGCCCAUUUCGCGAUGGCGGACUCCACAGGGAAGCUUCAUGCUGGCCGUGCAGCUGUCUCUGAGCAGCCGGAGACUGAGGCAGAGAUGGGUCCUGCAGUCAUGAUCAUGAAGCCCAUCCUGCGCUUCCUACAGCUGUUGUGUGAGAAUCACAACCAAGAUCUGCAGAAUUUCCUGCGCAAUCAGAACAACAAGACCAACUACAACCUAGUGUGCGAGACUCUGCAGUUCCUGGACAUCAUGUGUGGCAGCACUACAGGCGGGCUGGGCCUGCUGGGUCUCUACAUCAACGAGAAUAACGUGGGGCUCAUCACUCAGACACUGGAGACCCUGACUGAGUACUGCCAGGGGCCCUGCCAGGAGAACCAGACCUGCAUCGUCACCCAUGAGUCCAACGGUAUUGACAUCAUCACUGCGCUCAUCCUCAAUGACAUCAGCCCGCUGUGCCGCUACCGCAUGGAGAUGGUGCUUCAGCUGAAGGACAACGCCUCCAAGCUGCUCUUGGCCCUGAUGGAGAGUCGCCAUGACAACGAGAAUGCCGAACGGAUCCUGUUCAACCUGCGACCCCAGGAGCUGGUGGAGGUGAUCAAGAAGGCGUACCACCAGGAGGAUGAGUGCGAGGGGGGGGAGGUGUCGCCGCGUGAAGUUGGACACAACAUCUACAUCUUGGCCCUGCAGCUAGCCAGACACAACAAGAAUCUGAUACACCUGCUGAAGCCACUGAAACGCACACAGGAGGAAGAUGAGGAGGGCAUCUCAUCCAUGCUCAACCUCAAUAACAGGCAACUGUCAAAAAUGCUGAAGUCCUCUGCUCCAGAAGGAGAAAAGAAGGAAGACCCCCUAGAGUACUACGAACAACACACGGCGCAGAUUGAGAUUGUGCGAGAGGACCGCAGCAUGGAGCAGAUCGUGUUCCCAGUCCACAGCAUCUGCGAGUUCCUGAUGGAAGAGUCCAAGCACCGUGUCUUCACCACCACCGAGCAGGACGAGCAGGGCAGCAAAGUCAGCGACUUCUUCGAGCAGACCUCCUUCCUGCACAACGAGAUGGAGUGGCAGAAGAAGCUGCGCAGCAUGCCCGUGCUCUACUGGUUCUCUCGCCGGAUGACGUUGUGGGGCAGCAUUUCCUUCAACCUGGCCGUCUUCAUCAACCUACUCAUUGCUGUCUUUUACCCCUACAGCACAGAGCCAGUGGAGUCCCCGAUCGUGCCCAUGCUGUUCUGGGUGAUGGCGGGGCUGUCUGUGAUGGGGUUGUUCUCCCAGAGAUACGGGCUGCGGCCCCUCACUGUGGCCCUCAUCCUGCGCUCCAUCUACUACUUAGGCAUCGGCCCCACUCUGAUCCUCCUGGGCACGCUCAACCUCAUCAAUAAGAUUGUGUUUGUGGUGAGCUUUGUUGGCAACCGUGGGACUUUUAUCCGUGGGUAUAAGGCCAUGAUCAUGGACAUGGAGUUCCUGUACCAUGUGGGCUAUGUGCUGACCAGCACCCUGGGGCUGUGUGUCCACGAGCUCUUCUACAGUAUCCUCCUGUUCGAUCUGAUCUACCGAGAGGAGACUCUGUUCAACGUGAUCAAGAGCGUGACACGGAACGGCCGCUCCAUCCUGCUGACUGCGCUGCUCGCGCUCAUCCUCGUCUACCUCUUCUCCAUUGUGGGCUUCCUCUUCCUCAAGAAUGACUUCAUCAUGGAGGUGGACCACCUGUCCCAGGCCAAGGACACAGACAUAGCCAGUGGUUACGGAGAGGCUGCCAAGGACUUCCUGAACUCCUGCAGUGGAGAUGGCGUGAGCUGCACCACCGAAGACAACACGCCGGCCGUCCCUGAGGAGGAGGAUGAUGGGACGGAGCGCGCUUGUGACACCCUGCUGAUGUGCAUCGUGACGGUGCUGAACCAUGGGCUGCGGAAUGGCGGGGGGGUCGGAGAUGUCCUACGCAAGCCUUCUAAGGACGAGGCUCUAUUUCCAGCACGUGUGGUCUAUGAUCUGCUCUUCUACUUUAUUGUCAUCAUCAUCGUCCUCAACCUCAUCUUUGGGGUUAUCAUCGACACCUUUGCCGAUCUGCGCAGCGAGAAACAGAAGAAAGAGGAGAUUCUGAAGACCACCUGCUUCAUUUGUGGUCUAGAGAGGGACAAGUUUGACAAUAAGACUGUCUCGUUCGAGGAGCAUAUCAAGAUAGAACACAACAUAUGGAACUACCUCUACUUCAUCGUACUGGUGCGAGAGAAGAACAAGACAGACUACACAGGUCCUGAGAGCUACGUAGCCAUGAUGAUCAAGAACAAGAACCUGGACUGGUUCCCACGGAUGCAGGCCAUGUCACUCGUGGUCACCGACACAGACGGGGAGCAGAACGAGAUGAGGAACUUGCAGGACAAGUUGAACUCCACCAUGAAGCUGGUCACUCACCUGACCACACAGCUGACUGAACUGAAAGAACAGAUGACAGAGCAGAGGAAACGGCGCCAGCGCAUGGGCUUCGUUGACGUGCAGGGCUCCUCAUCUGCCACGCCCACUGGAGCAGGAGCAGGAGGCAACCACCAGAUUGUCAAGACGUAGCUCCACUCCAUCCUCAGUCCCAUGCCCUGUAAGGCAGGCCCCCUCAGCUGUGACAACAUGGUUCCUUCCAGAGCUCACAUGUACAGUCACCUGGUCUCAGGGCCAGACCACUCCACCAAGACAGAGGCUUUAUAAGGGCUGGGUCAGCACAUCUUCUUGAUGAAAACUUUACCAGCACUGUGCUCCGGAAACCUCUGAACCUCCUGCAUCAGCCUCCCUUCUUUAAUCUGUUUGUUGUGUUGUUGGUUAUGUUUGUUUGUCAUGGUGCAUUUCAUGACUGUGAAAAACAUGUCUCUCUUACACUGGUCACGUACUAUGGUCACGUACUUGAUGUCCUUGUACAUUUCUGUACUUUAUUAUUGUUGUUGUCCUUAUUGUCCUUUGUGUUUCUCUUUUUUCCUUUCAAGUUUUUCGUGAUCAUGCUUUGUAGCUGGUGUUUUCCAGGAGGGGAUGGAGGCUGAUGUGACCUCCACUGUCUCACUGUGUCAGUGUGACAGAGAGUGCCAUUCCACUACAUUACAAUUCAACUUACUGAGUUACCACAUACUUUCUCUACAGUUUUUCUGAGGGAGAACUGGAUGGAGAGGGAGGGGUGAGAGGGGCUGUGUGAAGUUCGGUAUCCCCAGCAGAGCCUGGAAUAAAGAUUCAGCAGCCCUGACACCACCUUGGCAAACAUUUUCACAAUAACACUCAUAGUCUCAGGACCAGGGGAGAUACUGCUGUGCGGUCCUUUCGGAAACACUCUAUUGUGAAACGGUUCUGAGCCAGCUUAUGCAACAAAAUGACAGAAGAACUGAUUGAGCGACACAGUUGUUCAUAUAGUCCUGGGAAACCGGCAGGUCGCUUGUGUGAUCGUGUACAUUUCUACACAGAAUUGUCAGCAUGCAACAAAAUAUGCAACAUGCCUGCUACUCAAAGUUGCUUAUUCACCCUUUUAGUACGUAUAUUGUUAAACUAUAUUUAACAUUUAGUUUUCAAAUUCUCAUCACAUAUUCUUGUGGAUUGAGCCAUGUAAAAUACAGAAAGUUAAUACUAUGUUCUACAGAUACAGUAUGUGUGUGUAUGCCUGUCUGUACUGCAAUCUGGACCACAGCUGUAGCUGCAAAUAUAGAGAGCUGGAGAGCAUUUAUUUAAACUGUUGAAGGAUGGUGCGCUGUACAGCAAGUCCAGCUCACCCUUUCUGUAUAUUUGUUUUAGAAAUGUUUUUUUAAAUGAGUGACAACCCUGCAGCACUCCGAGAAUAAUUCUGUAGUUAUUCUUAAAAUGGAAGCAUCAUUAUCAAAACUGAUUUCCGCUGGUGGUGUUGAUGUGUUUUUCAAGACUUGAGAAAGGCAGUAAAGGGUUGUCUCUGCCUUGACCGUGGGAACACUCUGAGCUCUGAGACUCACCUGCAGGAGUGCUUAGUGCCUUCUAGUUAGUGUUCCACAGCUGCUUCAGCUAUUGAACUGCACAUCUGCAAAUUGUACACCUGGCACCCAGGUGUUUCAUAUGCAACUGUAUCUUUAGUAAAGUGAAUGUUUUUAGCAUUCAACUGUAAAAGACAUUAAAAAAGUCCCGUAUCUAUUCAUAUAAGAAAAUAAUCAAUUUAAUUUGAUUAAUUGGUUGGAACACAAUGCAAAAGGCACUCGGCCCUCCCAGAAGAGCCCAGGGGUAAUGGCUUGUUCUAGAAUCUGCUGUGUACAUGUAGUUCUAGCACGUGAGAUAAAUGACUGAAUAAAGCUGUUACCCUGGUUUAUA